AUGAAGCGGCAGCAGCACCGGAAGAAUUACCCGAGCGGGAUCCGGUCGGCCGAUGGGCAGACCACGCUCAAAUCCUUUCUCUUCAAGCCCAGGGUUGUCGAUGUGGUACCGCCGCCGCCGCCGCUGGAGGGGGUGAUAGAGGCGCCGAUCUGUCCGCCAGAGCCGCCGAAGCGGGAGAUUGUCAGAGUUACCAAGGCGAUCAUUAAGGAGAAACCGAGCGCGUUCUCCUCGGUGGGCUCCGCGGGGAAGGACGGGGGCGGCGGCGUUGGCGGCGCUUUGAGCGCCGCGGUCUUCAAGCGGUUCCACAGUUCAGCCCCAGGGGCGAGAGCGCAAGCCGGCCACGUGGAGGCAGGGGAAGACGGCGACCUCGACUUCGGCGGUCCAGGCGAGGCCCGGCUGGACGUCCAGGAGACCGGAGCGGAGAGCCGCCGCGAACCCAGGAGUAAGCGGAAGAGCCCCCUUGGCGGCGACGAGCACGGGAGCGACGCCAAGGCCAGACGCGUGGUGGUGCUCGGCGACGACCCGAGGCCGCGGCCGGCGAGCUGGCGGGGGCGCGCGAGGCCCACCCGCGGCGGUGAGGGCGGCCGCGCUCUGUACAACCACUACGCGAGCGGGGGCGGGUGGUGGCACGGCGACAGGGAGGGCGUGGACGGGGAAGAGGUCGGCUGGACGGACGACAUGUGGGAGGGGGAUGGGAUCCGUCACGCUCGGCGGCUUGGAGUGGCACUAGCCGCCGCGGCCUAG